UCCAUUUACAAUUUCACUCUCCAGGCUCUUGACAAGAGUGGCCAGCCUUUCUCCGCUAAAGAAAUAAUUACCGCUCAAAUGCCAGCAUGUGCCAUGCCGGUGCCAAGAAAUCUGAAUGUUUCGAUUGUGGAUUCCAAAGACAUGCGCGUCACUUGGUUACCUCCAAGUGAUGCAAGUCAAUGCGGAAACCAGUACGAGGUCAUCGUCCGCAAUGCAACUUAUCAGGACAAGAUAAUGGUGACGAAGACGGAAUAUAUACUACCCAAUAUUAAUCCAUCUUCCAAGUACAUUAUCACUAUACACGCUACGGACAAGGAUAACAAACCCUUCGCCGCUUCAGCCUCCAUUACCGUAAAAAUGGCAAUCAGCGAGAUGCCGGUGCCAAGAAACCUGACUGCCUCAAUUGUGGAUGUGAAAAACAUUCGCGUCACUUGGUUGCCUCCACUUGAUACAGGUAAAUGUGGGGACAAGUAUCUGGUUAUCGUCCGCAAUGCAACCUAUCAGAACAAGGCAAUGGUGACGCAGCUGGAAUACACACUAACCAACGCGAAUCCAUCUUCCGUUUACACUAUCACUAUACAUGCCACUGACAAGAAGGACAGACCUUAUCCCGCUUCAGCAUCCAUUUCCGUACAAAUUAAAAUCGCCGUUGUACCAACUGUUGGAGAUUUGACUGCCUCGCAAGUGAACGAUACCACCAUUAUUGUGACCUGGACCAAACCGGUUCCUGUGGAGAAAUUCAAAGACGAAUACCACAUUACCAUCUACGGUGAAGGCACUAAGGAGACCUAUACAACGAAGGAGACCUGGAUCAUCGCUAGCGGUUGGGAUAUAACUUCCAUUUACAACAUUACCGUGCAAGGCGUAUGGGCAAAUGGCACACUUGUUCCUGAUGUCGCAACCACUUACCCGGAAAAGCCUUCCCUCGGUGUGCCGGUAGUACCAAGAGGUUUCACCGCCGCAAUUCUGAAUUGCACAACUAUCCGUCUGACCUGGAAGAUACCAAGUAAUACCAAGGGCUGGGAAGGAAAGUACCUGCUGACUGUUACCAGUAGCACAUCUACCAAGAACUACACUUUGGAGAGGACAGAGGAAACACUAUUCAACCUGCAGCUAUCUUCCGUUUACAAUUUCACUUUACAAGCUCUUAGUGGUUGCUGCAAGCCCUUCCCCGCUGCAGCAUUCAUUACCGCUAAGACGUCAGCCUGUGAUAUACCGGUGCCAAGAGACUUGAUUGCUUCGCCUGUGAAUUCCACAAGUAUUCGUAUCACUUGGAAGGCCUCAGAGGAUACAAGUGACACCGGAGACCAGUAUAUGGUCACUGUCCGCAAUGCAACCUAUGAGACCCAGGAUUUGGUGAAGAAUACGCAGUACGUAAUAAGCAACCUGAAUCCAUCUUCCGUCUACAAUUUCACCGUCCGCGCUACUGACAAGAAGGGCAGGCCUUUCUCUGCCUCAGCAUCGAUUACCGUAAAAAUUUCAGUUCAGGGUAAGUUGCAGCUAUCAUCCAUGCGGUUUUUUCUUGUUUUUUUAUACUCAACUAACAAAAAAGGUAACAGAAAAAGGUAA